AUAAAUUAAUACCUAUCUAUGAGUUGUAGAAACAGGACCUUAUUCAAGUGAUGUUCUUCAAUUUUGGGCAAACCAAGGCGGAAAAAGAAAAAAAAAAAAAAAUGGAAAAAGCCCAGCCUUUUGAAGUAUCAUCUUCCACAUCUCCUGAUCUUGUUCCUAAUCAUGAUUGUUCAAGAAAGUAUGAUGUGUUCUUAAACUUUAGGGGUGAAGACACUCGUAAGAACUUCAUGGGUCAUCUAAGAGUUGCUUUGUCUGAAAAAGGAAUCGAAACCUUUAUAGAUGACGAUCAAAUCGAGAGAGGCCAUUUCAUAUCUCCACAACUGCUUCAAGCGAUCGAAAAUUCCAGUUGCGCUGUCGUUAUUCUCUCACCGAAUUAUGCUUUCUCGACAUGGUGCUUAGACGAACUCGUCAAGAUUCUUGAUUCCAUGAAAACGAAGGGUCAGACUGUAAUUCCAAUCUUCUACCAUGUGGAUCCCUCUGACGUGAGAAAACAAACGGGAACCUUUGGGGACGCAAUUGCUAAACAUGAGAUGUGUUUGAAUGAUGACUUUGAAAGGGUGAACAACUGGAAGAUUGCAUUAGCAGAACUUACCAAUCUUGCGGGUUUGGAUCUCAAAAAUUAUAGGGAUGAAGCAAAUUUUGUAAGGGAGAUAGUGGAAGAGGUGUCACGUAAAUUGAGUAGCAUGGCAUCGUUAAAGAUAGUCCAAGACAAGAAUUCACUUGUUGGAGGUCUCAUAUCUUCAACUUCUGUGGUGGUUAAACUAAUUCUCUUCGUUCUUUUCUUUUUUCUUGUCAUUUCUCCCCUCUUGGCGUUAUUGUUCUUCAAAGUUUUAGUCCCCAUAAUUUUGCUUAUCAUCGGUGAUGAUGAGCCCUACUUUAAAAGGUUGGUGAGAUCGCCUUAAUUUGGGGAAAAUAACAAAAUCUGCAUACUACUUGUUAUGAUUCGUGACCGGAUUUAUAUCAUGUUUAUGCUUAAUACGAUGUUUUUUUUUUUUUAUGAUUUAUUUGUUUUUGAUAAUA